AUGCAUAGGCUGGCCAGAGAGAGGAGCGAGUGGAGCGUUGACGGUACAGCGCGGUUUAGCUGUAAAAAAGAAAACGACGAGUUCAACGUGUGCGGGGGUUGCAAAUCAUGUCUCUUCCCUACCCAGCUGUACGAUUCAACAGAGUGGCUGCUUAGAGCUGACGAGUCAUUCAAACGAAGGUUCCUCGCUGGGAUCCUAGUGCGCUGUCAGAGUGUGGAAAUUCUGGAAAAUAUCCUAAAUGUUUUGCAGGGCACGCUGGGCAAAGAUUUCACGUACGCCAGGAGCCACGUUAAAGCUAGCAUCCCGGAGGACCCGGGUAGCUUCGACUCGGAUGGGACACUCGAUCCGGAUCUACUCAGAGUGAGCGUGAGGAAGACCUGGGACUGGUUUAGGAACAGCCCGCCCUGGACGAAAUCUAGAUAUUUAAUGCGAAUCUUGUCCCUGUGUGACACUGAACUUGUGCGUAUGUUGGGGAAUCUAAUUCGCGUACUCAUAGCGAGAGAGAGACGGAAGUUCCUACAGAUCAGCACAGCAAAGAAAGACUACUGGACUGAGCUGAAGAAGGAGACCGUCGGGAGUCCGAAGAGGAAAAGCAGCGAUGCGGACUCUGUCAGCUCCGAGGAUCCCGCCCUAAUGGUGGUUCCAGGGUCCGCCAAAUCCAUGUCAGGGGUGAGCCUUCACCGAGACUUCAUUCGAGGACUUCCCGUCAAUAUCGCCAAGAGCAUUUUAGGCCUGUUGGAUAAGCCCAGUCUACAGAGAUGUAGGCAGGUGUCACAGCACUGGCAGUACCUAACAGAGGAGAUCCUAUCAGAGCUCAGUGUGAAGAAGAUGGUGGAAGACCAGGCUAUGGUGUUGCAGGGCAGCUCCUGCUCUGGAGUGAACCCUGCCUAUGCCCAGAUUCGUGAGGUUCCAGUGCCGUUCAGAGAAGAGGACGAUCACAUCCACCCUAACAAAAUCUCCCCUAAAUAUAAGAAGGAUAUCAGGGGCUUGGAGUCAGUCUAUGUGGGUGUUAAAACCAAGGCAGUGGAAAUGGACGAGCGUAAUGUAUACUGCGGUGCUUUCAACAUCCUGGUAUUGCUGGACAGGGAGGACCCCGGCAGGGUGGUCCACUAUGACGGAGGCCGGGUGGCAGCGCUGGGCUCCAGGGACCGUGCGGUGCGUCUGCUGGACGUCCCACUGCUGAAGGAGGCGCCGCUGAUGAUGACAGGCCACGCGGGCAGCGUGCGAGCGGUGCUGGUCUGCGAGGAGAGGGCUCUGGUCAUCAGCGCCAGCUAUGACCUCACCAUCAGGUGCUGGAACCUGAACACAGGCGCUUGCACCAUGCUCUUCACUGGACACACGGGCACCAUUAACUGUCUGGACCUGCACGGACACAUUCUGGUCUCCGGUGCCAGAGACUGUAAGGUCAAAGUGUGGAGUCUGCUGAAUGGCCAGUGCUUGAAGAGACUGAGGUUCAGACACCAUAAGUCUGUGCAGUGUGUGAAGAUCCACACGCCGGUGGUGCUCAGCGGCUGUGAGGGAGGCCUGAUCAAGAUGUGGGACACAGAGACAGCUGCUUUGCUAAAGGUCAUGGAUGGUCACCAGGGUUCUGUGAGGUGCCUGUUCUUUGACCAGUGGCAUAUCUUGUCAGGGGGCUCAGAUGGACAGGUCCUCGCCUGGAGUACCAACAGUGCCUUUAAAAAGUCCCUUAUGACCUUUCCUCAUCCAAGGGAAGUGCCAACGCUGUCUUUCCACUUCCUGCGAGUCAUCACUGGUUGUGCGGAUGGAAAGAUCCGAAUCUUUAACUUCCUCGGUGGAGACUGCCUUAGAGUCAUCAAAAUUAGCACCCGCCAGAGCACUGUUCUCUCUCUACAUACACAUCACAACAACAUCCUGGUGAAUAGCAGCAGUCGUGUUCUGCUGCUGCAGUUCGCUCAGGAGCGCUGGGACUAUGCGGCAGAGCCGAUGAGGACGCUGGGUGGUGCGGGCAUCUGCGCUCCACCCCGCGACCACAGCAUGGCCUCAUCUGGUUGGAAGGUCUCCAGACAGAGCAGAGGUACAAGGCUGGCUCCCUCCCACCACACCCGGAGCUGCUCAGCUGCCGGCAUGCAGCAGCAGGCACAUGAAAAUCCCCCUGUGACCUCAGAGCGUGUGAUGACCCUGAGCGAGAGGGCAAUCCGAGAGCGUGUGAGAAAGAGAGGCCUCCAUCACCCUGUGACCCCUGCCCAGGUGAUCCUAAAGGUCAGCAGUCCAACCCAGCAGCCACACAGCUGUGACCUGGCCUCCUCCGUCAUGAAGCUCAACGCUAGGGCACAGGACGCCUUGGGGCCCCUUUCGCUUGACCCAGACAGGCAGCAGCAAACUGGAGGCUCCUCUACUCCACCCCGCAAGACCCCCGCUCAGCCCCGUCCAGCCCCCAGGCCGUCCAAGGCCUACUUCGAAGGUAUGGUUAAAAUCUACACGCCAUUCAGAACCCACACGGUUGACCUCGCCCUCCGGCAUUCCCUGCACUCCGGACAGAUCCACUCCAGUGUCCCGUCCCCGAAGCUCUUCCGGCCCCGGUCUGGACGGGUCGGCGCAAUCACCCCCACAGCCGAAGAAGACAGCCGGACCCUUCGGCCAACGUUCACGAGGAGCGCCGGGAAACACCCGGACCACCGUGUGGAGACGUCGGGGAUUAAGCCCACAAAAACUCGCAACACUCUGGAUCCCUUCAGAGAACGUGGAGGCUUUCAGCUGAGGACUGACACAGAGGUGGAGGAGCUCACCCAAGCUCAACUGCAAGCCGAUCUGUGUCACUCCACCCCACACCCCGCAGACGUGAGAGACGGCAUGGGACGGCUUGGAAAAUGAAAAUCAGAAGUGUGUCAGCUCACGAUUACACCAAAGAGGAGCAGGUGUAUGCCCCAGAGCUGGGAGGGCACACGUAUGUUUGACACAUGCACCAGACAGUGUACAGUGCCCUACACCAGCAAUGCUCCGCCCUAGACCAUGUGCAAGCAAAUACAUUCAAAUAUAUUUUAAAAUGUUUAAAUAUUCUUUAUUCUUCUGUACUUAUCACGAGCAUAUCAUGAACCAUCGACUGAUUUCAGACAUUCCUUUAACCCGUCUUGUAUGUAACAAUUUGAGGCACACCAGUAGUGUCACUAUAUUAUGUAUGGA